CGGAAAGGUGCUGCUCCGGCUCCCCCGGCUCCCGGCCCCGCGGCCGCGGCGGGGCCGAGCGUGUGCGGAGGCAGACCCAGGGCUUGUCACUGGUUGAAGGAUUUCAGAUGCAUGCCAGGUUUCCAUUGAUUGCCAGAAUCCUCGAUCACUCCACAUGGAUCCCCAAAAUCAACAUGGCAGUGGCAGUUCACUAGUUGUGCUCCAGCAGCCUUCUUUGGAUGGCCAUCAGAGAUUAGACUAUGAGAGAGAGAUUCAGCCUGCUGCUAUUUUGUCCUUAGACCAAAUUAAGGCCAUCAGAGGCAGCAAUGAGUACACUGAAGGACCUUCAGUGGUAAAAAGACCUGCUCCACGGACAGCACCAAGACAAGAAAAGCAUGAACGGACUCAUGAAAUCAUUCCAAUCAAUGUGAAUAACAACUAUGAGCAGAGACCUACAAGCCACCUGGGACACGUGGGACUCCCCAGUAAUGCCAGGGGCCCCAUUCUGAGCAGGUCAACCAGCACUGGGAGUGCAGCCAGUUCUGGGAGCAACAGCAGUGCCUCUUCUGAGCAGGGACUGUUAGGAAGGUCACCGCCAACCAGGCCAGUUCCUGGCUAUAGGUCCGAAAGGGCGAUCCGGACCCAGCCCAAACAGUUGCUUGUGGAUGACUUGAAGGGUUCCCUGAAGGAGGACCUGACACAGCACAAGUUCAUUUGUGAACAGUGUGGGAAGUGCAAGUGUGGGGAGUGCACAGCUCCCAGGACCCUGCCGUCCUGUUUGGCCUGCAACCGGCAGUGCCUGUGCUCUGCUGAGAGCAUGGUAGAGUACGGGACCUGCAUGUGCUUGGUCAAGGGCAUCUUCUACCACUGCUCCAAUGACGAUGAAGGGGACUCUUACUCGGAUAACCCUUGCUCCUGUUCACAGUCACACUGCUGCUCUAGAUACCUGUGUAUGGGAGCCAUGUCUCUGUGUUUACCUUGCUUACUCUGUUAUCCUCCUGCUAAGGGAUGCCUGAAGCUGUGCAGGGGGUGUUAUGACUGGAUUCAUCGCCCAGGGUGCAGAUGUAAGAACUCCAACACCGUCUAUUGUAAGCUGGAGAGCUGCCCUUCCCGGGGUCAGGGGAAACCAUCAUGAUUUUUGGAGGUGGGUUGGACCUCCUGAACUUGGAGCUUUCCGGUUGUGGCUGUUAGAGAAUAUACUAUUAGAUACUGAUUUUCUUUUCCUUAGAGUUUUUCCCUCUUCCCUGCCUUCUCUUCCCCUGUUCCCAAGGUUUGACUUCUGGAUUUUACUCUUCUCUUCUGGACGAUCUUCAGUGAGAGCGGACUAUGAAACUGCACCUGGCUCCCACUUGUGACAAGAGCCUUUGCCAUCCCUUUGAGAGAGUUUUGAGAGCCAGUGGGCUUUUGUGUGGCCUCUUUGUCCUGCAGCAACUUUCCAAAGUUGUGUACGUGAACAUAAGACACCCACUCAGACGGGAGGAUUUAGAGCUGUUUGUGAUUGGGUACUGUGGGAGCAGGGAAAUUGGUUUUCAAAGAAGCAACCGUUUAAUUGCUUAAAUAAGCUAUGUAUUAAAUCUCUCUCCAAUUAGAGCUGUCUUCCUCGCAUUGGACCGGUAAAUAGAAUGGGAGGAUAUAUUUUUGUUAUAACAUAAAAGUUUUCCUUUAACCACUGCCCUCCUUUUUUUGUCCGUCAGAGUUCCCUCAGUUUGGGCGUGGCCUUCCUCUGAGAUGCCAGCUGUGGCCCCCUCCCCUUUCCUCCUGUGUAAUUUUAGAUCUCGCUUUACAGUGUAAGUCUUCACAUUGGAGAUAUAUUGUUUGUAACUCGCUCAUCCCUAUUCUAGCUUUCAUAUUCGUGAAGGACUCAACUACCUUCCUUCCAUACCCCAUGCUCAUCAAAAAUUCGUGUUGUCAUUGAGGGCACUUGGAUGAUUGAAGUUGAAAUGAUAGCUGAUCAAUCUAUCGGUGUCACAGAACUAUGCUGCCUAAAGUGAUCUUGGCUCCUUAAUGGUCCUUUCGGCCCCUUGGUUAGUUAACAGCUGAGUAACCCUAAUCUAUUCUGUGUUUUCAUUGCCUUAAACCACAAAUUGUGGUGCUUUUUGUAUAUUUUAUGUAUAAAUCACAAAGUUGAAUUCUGACUAUUUUUAAGACAAAAGUCUGUUAAACUUUUUUAUUGUAAAGAAUAUUUAUUAUGCGAAUCUCUAUUAUUUUAUGAUAUUUAUUGCAAAAGACUGUUGAAAUGUACUCAUGUCUGAAUAUAACAAAAUAUCAAUACUUAACGGAAAAUAAGGCGACACGAAGAAAGUACGUAUGUUAACUAUAAUGCAGAAAAUAUAUUAAUUAAUGAAAUUGUC